GUUCAACUUGGCCCCCCAAAAGUUCCACUCUUGGCAUUGGCUAACCAUGACCGCCGUCAAUUACUGUAAGCCGCGACCAUGUCCACAGCUCUUUUGUUGAUAAGCCACUUUCGAAUGCACAGCAGCGCACUUGGCUGACUGUUGUCGUAGUCGUUGCUGUUGUUGUUGUUGGCCAUUUGGCUAUUUCGCUGGCUGGUUGGUUGGUUGCUUGGCUCUUUGAGCUGCGACUGCGUCUGGCGCGCGGCAAGAAAUUCAGUUGCGCCGUUGAGCUCAAAGAGAAAACACCACACACGAAUUACGCGCCAAGCGCCCAGCAGCUGUGAAAGUGUUGGAAUCGCUGGUCAAGUGGCCAAUCGGCCAAAUCGAAAGGAAACUUUGCGCAGCAAAUAUAAAAAAACAACAACAUACACAUAAACAAAGCAAACCAAAAACAUAUUAUAUGCACUUUUACUUGCUGCCAGCUUUUACAUCAUCAUCAUCAUUAUCAUCAUCUUGAUCGUCAUCGUCACUAGCGUUGUCACAUUGAUUGAUUGCCAUUAACCACUUCGUCAUGUAUAAGCACACAGUCAAGUCGAAGCUGUCGCAGGCUCGCAGUACGCCGCCGUCUGUUGCGACAACAGGCACGCCCACCAAGCAGACACACGCCCUUGGCGCCAGCAAAAAGUUCUUCUCGCACAUACGCCACAAGAUCGAGGAUAAUCUAACGCCCAAGCUAAGUGGCAAGCUCUACUACAAGGGCAGCAAACACACGCGCUCAAUGAGCGCCCUCAGUUUGGUGGAAACCGGCGGCUGUGUGGGCGGCAAGUACACGCCCACAGCGACUGUGGCAGCAGCAGCCGAAGAAGGCAUUGCAGCUGUUGCGGCGCCGCUGCCAAUCUUUGCCAGCAGCAAUCCGCUGAUGAUGAGCAGCAGCGUUUGCAGCUAUGUGGAUAGCGAUGAGGAGGAGAGUCAACUUAGUUUGGGCCUGAGUCUAACACAGCAGUCAUUAGAGGACGAAAUCUUUGCCGAGCUGGAGAAGGUGGCACACGAUGAAAGCAAACUCAACGAGGUGCUGCAGAGCUUCGAUCAAAUAUUGCAGGAGUAUCCGCCAGUCGAAGAGGUAAUUCCCGUGCAAAUGUUGCCCACCGUGGUGCACAUGCUGGAGCCCAAUGUGGAGCAGUCGCUGUUGCCCCCGCCGCCCGCGCAGUUCAGCGAUCGCCAGCUGCUGGCGAAAUCUCACAGCACUUUGAGCAUGGCAACGAGUAGGCGACAACAGAUUUAUCAAACUCCCGAAUUGGCCAAUUCCAAGUUGCUGCGACGCAGCGACUCGAGUGCGAAUCAACGCUACAAUUCGCUGUGUGAGCUGAGUCAACUGAGUGGCAGUCGCAUACCCAUCUCGAAACACUCCAGUCUGCGCAAUCUGGCCAAGAGCAAGCAGCAGCCAACACAACAACAGCAGCAACAGGUGCAACCACAGCCACGCCAAGCACGGCAACAACGCACUCGCUCUAUGCUGACGCUGAGCAGCAGCCGCAGUCAAAGUGCGUCCAAGGCAAAGCCAACUCCAACUGCAAUAACAGUCACUGCUGUGCCGCCCAAGCGUGCUAACUCAACGCUGGAGCGACGACAAGUGGCAGUGGCCAAACCACCGAGAAGAGCCAACUCCACACUAAAAUCAGCAGCAGGCAGAUCGAAUGCGAAUGCGAAAAGUGAUGAGCUGCUGGUCAAGUGUCUGGCCAAGGGACAAGAGUUGCUGCGCAAGGUGGAGACCAUGAAUGGGGCCAAGGCCCGCACAAGUCGCGGCAUUAGCAAGGAGCACACACAACAGUUGCGGCACAAGAAGAAGCAGCAGCAAAAGCUGCAGUAUGCCAAUGAGGAGAAAGUGGGCAAACCAAAGCUCGAGUCGUGCAAAAUCAUACCGCCCAAGCUGGGCGAGACCUCGGACAAGAAUCACGAGCUGCUCGUCAAAGUGGUGCAACAACAACAACAGCAACCAACCAAGAAGAUAACGACUGUCAAAUCUGUAGAGCAAUGCUCAAACUCCGACUCAGAUGAUUCGGGUCACAUUAGCAACACGGUGUUGUCCUCCGCCUCCAAUUCGACGAGCAAUUCAACAGGAAGUCUCUGUGAAUCCGAGGGGGAAACGGAGCCUAAGCUCAGCUGUUGCAAGCCCAAUAAAAUCGCACAAUUGCUGCAGAAAUUCGAAGCGAAAUCAAAUCCACAGCUGCCACAACUGGUGGCCACCAAAGUGGCACAAGUGCAGGCGGUGCGUUGCAUACAAACGCAGGUGGAGAUCUAUCCCACCUAUACGAAAGAGGUAACUAUGCGGCUGCACUAGACUCCUUCCACAUAGCAAAGGGCCCUUCCAACCAACCUCUACAUACAACUUAUACAUUAUUUAACUAUUCGUAUUUGUAUUGUUAUGGCUAUUAUCUAUUAUUUAGUUGCCAACUAUUUCUUAACUUAUUAACUCGAAUAAAAACGUAUUUUUAA